AAUAGAUCCAACUGUCAACACAUCGCUAAGUUAGUGACACCUGUCGUUUUAAUAAACUCUCUCACUCUUUCCGGCGCUUCUCUCUCCGCCGUGACAACAAAAAUGGCUGUUUCUCUCUCCGCCGCAUCUCACUUACUCUGUUCAUCCACCAGAGUCUCUCUUUCUCCCGCCGUCGCCUCCUCCUCAGCUCCACUUCUCGUUGCGGUUUCUUCCUCUACAUCAUCAUCAUCAUCAUCGCCACAUUCUCUCUCUUCUCUUCGAAGCGUCGCAUCUUCCUCUCUGUUUCCUCAUCUCUCCCUCGUUCAGAAAAGGAAUCCGAUUUAUGGGAAGAGGAGCAAGGGGAUGGUUUCACCAAAAUGUGCCGCUGCUUCUGAUGCAGCUCAAUUGAAAAGUGCUAAAGAAGACAUCAAAGUGCUUCUCCGGACUAAGUUUUGCCAUCCCAUUUUGGUUAGAUUGGGGUGGCACGAUGCUGGUACAUAUAGCAAGAACAUUGAGGAGUGGCCACAGAGAGGUGGAGCUAAUGGAAGUCUUAGAUUUGAGCCUGAGCUUAAACAUGCUGCUAAUGCUGGUCUCAUUAGUGCUUUAAAGCUCAUUCAACCUAUCAAAGACAAGUAUCCUAACAUCUCUUACGCCGAUUUAUUUCAAUUAGCUAGUGCCACUGCAGUAGAGGAAGCUGGUGGUCCUGAAAUCCCGAUGAAAUAUGGGAGAGUUGAUGUCGUAGCACCCGAGCAGUGUCCAGAAGAAGGAAGACUCCCUGAUGCUGGACCUCCUUCACCAGCUGAUCAUUUGAGAGAUGUAUUCUACAGAAUGGGACUAAAUGACAAGGAAAUAGUUGCCCUGUCUGGUGCACAUACUUUAGGACGAGCCAGACCAGACCGUAGCGGUUGGGGAAAACCUGAGACAAAGUACACGAAAACUGGACCUGGAGAAGCAGGAGGACAGUCAUGGACAGUGAAAUGGCUUAAGUUCGACAACUCUUACUUCAAGGAUAUCAAAGAAAAGAGGGACGAAGAUCUUUUGGUGUUACCCACUGAUGCUGCACUGUUUGAAGAUCCGUCUUUCAAGAACUAUGCAGAGAAGUAUGCUGAAGACCCGGCUGCCUUUUUCAAGGAUUACGCUGAAGCUCAUGCCAAGCUCAGCAAUAAUGGGGCGAAAUUUGACCCUCCCGAGGGCAUCAUCAUUGACAACGCUCCAGAGAAGUUUGUAGCUGCUAAGUAUUCCACUGGAAAGAAGGAGCUUUCCGAUUCGAUGAAGAAGAAGAUAAGAGCAGAGUAUGAAGCAAUAGGAGGAAGCCCAAAUAAGCCAUUACCCACUAAUUACUUCCUCAACAUCAUAAUUGCCAUUGGCGUUUUGGUCAUUUUGUCCACUCUCUUUGGUGGUGGAAACAACAACUCCGAUUUCUCUGGUUUCUAACUGGGGAAAAAAUUAUACUUUUUGGUUUCUCUUACCUGUAUAAAUACUUACUUGGUGUUUACAUAUUCUUUGCAAACGAACACAUCACUGGUAUAAUUUGCUUGGAUAAAGUCACAGCCAGACAUAUUGAGAUAACGAAGCUCUGUUUUUCCCCCUA